AUGGGAUUGGCUCGCAACGAAGAGGCCUUGUGCUCGGAACAUGGGGUCGAUCCAGACCACGUGGUGGCAGCCGAGCUUUCGACACCGAGGACCAGCUCCGAACCGAAGGCACCGCCACAAAAGACGGCGCCACCGCAGCCCGCAAGCUCCACUGUUCUACCUCAGGCAGAGGACGACUCCGGGUUCGCAGCUUCGGCUCAUUUCACAGGCGCGCGGCCUGGCUGGGUCUUCAAGCUGGGGCCAAUGGGUUUGGGCUACUACCGUGAGGAACGCCGCGGCCACGUCAUUGAAGAUGGCCUGACGUGGGAGGCGCUUUUGUCCGCCCCGCCACAAGGUGAGGUCGGCUCCGCCUGGGUUGGACCCUUUGGAAUGCAAGUGAAGCAGGACACGGAGCUGAAGGCGCCGCCAGCGAAAGAGACGCCUUCUGGCUCCUCGCUACGGCCUCAAUAUCCCACGCCCAAGCGGCUCUUUGAUUUGCAGGGCUCCUGGGUCGAUAAGGAGACUCCUGUGGGGCAGAUCCAGGGAGGCUGUGUGGUUUGGCACCCGUCAUACAACUCCCGGCCCACGAGGCUGGUGGAGACCGACGAAGGUGGUGUGGAAAUGGAGAUGGAGCAGAAGAUCUAUACAGCCACGAUCGACUGGGGACCACCGGCCCAGCUUCGGUGGAGCGAUGGGGAGGUUUGGUCACGAUGCGAAGCUGCGCCCCAAAAGGAUGAACAAAAAGAGCAGCUCCAGAUGGCACAGCUUGGUGGGACCUGA